AUGCCAAAGACCCGGGCUCGAACUAAACGGCAGCGGAUCUGCCCCUGGUGUUUCUUGUCAUUUUCGAAAGAAGAGCAUCUUUCGCGGCACAUCCGCUCGCACACUAAAGAAAAGCCUUUCAAUUGCUCUUCCUGUGGGAAAUCUUUCUCUCGCCAUGACUCCCUUCUACGACACAUGAGAGCUCAUGAUGCACCAAGCCAAGAAGAGGAGACAUUCGGACCGGCAAUGCCCUCUCUAGAUACACCAACAGUCACCGAUCAUAGCAGUGUACCCUCCGCUUCUUUGGAGCCUCAUAUUGAUCAAUUCUCCCAAUUUCAUACUCAUGGUACAACGUCAACCAAUCCUUUGCCGCCAGGCCACCACGACUCGGCCUCUCACUCGCAGACCGGUUUACUGAUACCCAAUGGGCUUUUUGACCAUGUUGAGGACAGUAGUCUAGACUUUGACCAUUUUUUACAGGCCCCUGUCUGGUUAGCCGACGAGCAUUUUGAUCUCAAUGCUUUGAAUUCGUCCGUUAUGGAAAGUACUCUAGGACUUUUCUCUCCCGCCCACACCGCAAACGAGAGCAAUGCCGAUAUGACACUUCAGAUACCGAUGGAGACUUCUCAUGGACAUAAGGAAGAUCAAGUGCGCCAGUAUUGGUUCAAUUAUGUUGGAACACAUAGCAAUGGAUAUGUGACUCCAGAAACUGCCACAGAUCAUGUGGAGCUGGACGAAAAAUACCGGCAAAAUCUAUCUCAACGACUUCAGCAGCGGGUUCCAACCGAGCCAUUGCCAUCGACCGAGUUUUUAAAUCUUUGCAUCCAGUUAUUCUUCACGCGUUUUAACCCGGUCUUUCCAAUUGUGCAUGCUCCUACAUUUCGACCGUCGGCUAAAAGCUCUCUCCUUCUAUUGUCAAUAUGCUCCAUUGGCAGCCUUUUCGUUGGUUCAAAUUAUGCAGUGACCCAAGGUUCAAUAAUUUUCGAAAGACUCAACAAAGCCAUUCUGUCAUCAGUAAGUCAGAGGUCGCUUGCGUUUGAUGGGGGGUGCGAUAAAAUGUGCGGAAAUGCUGACCCUACUCAGUGGGAGAAGUAUCUCCUUAGCGGUAAAGCGGAGGCUCUCGCAAUGACCCAGGCGUCUCUCAUUGGACAAACCUUUGCGAUGCUAUCAGGGAAACCGAGAGAUCUACUUACCCUUCAGACCUUCCAUGGCACAGUGACAACGCCUAAGCUCACGUUAAAUAAGUGGGCACGCCUGUAUAAAAUGUUCGAGGCCAAGAGACCAACCGACCACUUGGACACAUUCCUGGAUACGCGGACCCCAGAGGAAGCAUGGAGGACAUGGGUUCAAGCUGAAGAGCGGAGCCGGGUCGCAGCGGGUCUUCAUAUUCUUGACACCGAGAUAUCCGAACUUGUUUUGACGCACCCUCUUAUGCGACACGAUAGAUCGCUACUUCCUUUGACUGCACGCCACGAGCUCUGGGUAGCCCCAAAUGCAACCCAAUGGAAGGAUAUUAUGAUCAGCAGAGCUCCUCCUGAAGUCUCAAGCGGAAAUAUCCAACUUGACUUUGACUCCACUGAUGGCUUUCAUAGCUAUACGGAGUUGGAAGGCAUCAAUGCUCGAUUAAUGGAGCAGAAAUUUAUGAGUACUGCUUCUAAUCAAGAGCUUGUCGAGCAGUUUGAGCCUCAACUAAUCCACUUCCUCGACGGACAUUUUCGCUCUAAGCCCGAAGGCAGUUUUGACCCAUUCUGCCUGGAGGUGUUAUGGCACUCGGUGUUUAUAUCGCUUUUGGUGGAUAUCUCUCGGUUGGAGUUAGCAAUUGGGAGAGAAGGAUAUGAGGAAUCACUUCUCCAUCGCGAUUAUGUGCACUCGUGGUCUUCUUCUCAAGAAGCUCGUCGUUGUGCUCUACAUGGAGCAUUAAUUCUUCGAAAACUGCAGAACAUGCCAUUAGGGGUGGAGCCAGCAAUCCAUGUGCCCAGGGCACUUUAUCGGGCAGCGACCGUUUGGUACGCGUAUACCGAAUUCGGAGGAGAUCAAGACACUAGCUUCCCGGAAAUAUCUCCUAGUCCCGACAUAAAUUUCCCAGAGCUGUCUUUCUUGAAACUCAAUAGCGAGGCUUUACUUUUCGAAGCCAACGGCUAUCGAACGACUAAGCCGAAAACGUCAGAAUCGAGCACAUUGUGUGGAUUGGUGGACCUUCUGCAUCGAAUCGGCCACUGGGGAUUAUCAAGGAAAUUCGCGGAGCAGUUGAGCAUCUUGCUGAAAGAGAAAGAUAGUUAA